AGUAGAACCAUGUGACGUGGAGUUCUCCGGCGUGUUGUAGUUUGACACAGGACUAGCCAGCGCUUGGUGUGUACGCGUCCCUCCUGUGUCUACAGCUGCUUGGUACGUCCCGUCCUGUGUCUACAGUUGCUUGCUGUACUCUUCAUCUCACAGAAUUUGGAGACUCCUUUAUCAUGAGUCGCACACGAGAAGAAGUAGAGGCCACGCUGCAAACUGCCAAAGUGAACGUGGAGGAUCUACGCAGUACUGCGCAAUGUCUGACAUUCAGCGAGACAUUUACAUCAGGGGAUUACAGCCUAAUGGAGGUGGAUGACGCUCUUUGCAAAGAACUUGAGGCAGGAGGAAGCCUUGUGAUUCGAGGUGACAAAGGGGAUCACGCCGUCCUGUGUAGUCAGAACAAAACCUAUGACUUGAAAAUCGCUGAUACCUCCAAUUUAUUGUUGUUUAUUCCCGACGGUAAAACUCCAGACCUCCUGCCGGCUGAUCAGCUGCCCCUGAGCAUCGUGUCCUCUGAGAUUGCAGGAUUCUCUAAUCAUUACUGGGAGCUGAGGCGGUGCAGACCUAAACUGAAGAAGUUGAAGAAACUUUUGCUAGAAAACCCCUUUGAAGGACCAGAGAAUGAGAAAAACACAAGUGCUUCAAUGUACACUACAGAGGACCUAUUAAAUCAGAUUCAAGCAAGCAAUGAAGAAUUGAUGGACCACCUUAAAGCCAUACAUGCCUGCAGUAUUAAAGGGUUUUGGAGACUUCUGGACUUUGAUUAUGAGAUGAAGCUUCUGAAUGACAUUACCCAGUUAAUGGACUCAGAAUCCUGGUCUUUUAGUCGAGUGCCUCUGAAAGUGUGCCUGGAGGAGCUUCGUAUUCUUCAUCCAAAAGAAAUGAUUGAGCACUGCUUGGAGUGUUUUGGGAAAAAGUUUUCUGAGGAAGGAGAAGUCCUCUUUGCUUUGGAGGAGGAUAAAAUCUGCAGAGUCACCGCCCAGAUGAUCCUCCAGAACGCUGUAAAAUUUAAUCUAUCAGAGUUUCAGGAAGUCUGGCAGCAGAGUGUUCCUGAGGGCAUGACAACCAGGCUGGACCAGCUGAAGGGCCUUGCCUUGGUGGACCGAACCUCUCGGCCCGAGACCAUUUUUCUUCUAAAGACAGAGGACCUUUCCGAAGACACUCAGGAGAGGUUCAAUACUCUCUUCAGUAUGAGAGAGAAGUGGACAGAAGCUGAUAUUUCACCAUAUAUACAAGACCUGUGCGGUGAGAAGCAAACCAUUGGAGCCCUGCUGACCAAGUAUGCACGGUCUUCUCUUCAGAAUGGCGUAAAAGUGUUUAAUUCCAGACGACCAAUUUCCUAAAGCAAUGUACUGAUGUAAUGUUGUAAUAUAUUGUGGUUUCCAUUUUAAGAUUUUAUUGUAUGGUAGUGUUGUAGCAUGUGUUAUUUGUGUGACUGUGUCUAUUUCAAGAAGAACACUCUUUGUGGAAGCA